CCUAGAACCUUCCAUCAUCAUCCGGAACUCGAUUUUUCUCCCAAGUAAGGCAAUAACAACAAAACCCCCCACUCACUUCCUUUUAAAAGGACUGACCUACUUUAUCUUCUUCCCUAAUCGCACCUCAAAACAAAAAGAAAAACCCUAAGUUACAUUCAGAGCUGAGAAAUGGCGGCGAAGCGUCUGAUUCCGACUCUCAACAGAAUUCUGAUUGAGAAAAUUGUCCCACCAUCCAAAACAACCGCCGGAGUUCUCCUCCCUGAAUCCUCCACCAAGCUCAACUCAGGAAAGGUGGUUGCUGUGGGACCUGGAGCACGGGAUAAAUCUGGAAAUGUGAUACCAGUGUGUGUUAAAGAAGGUGAUACAGUUCUUUUGCCCGAGUAUGGAGGUACCCAAGUCAAGCUUGGUGACAAAGAGUUUCAUUUGUACAGGGAUGAGGAUAUUUUGGGAAAAUUGGUUGAAUGAUAGCUAGGAAUCCAAAUUUUCAAAAGGUUGUUCAAGAUUCUGGGUUUUGGGGGAUUUUAGUUAGGAAAGAUUUAAUGUUGGUUUUUGCUAUGGAAAUGUGUUUUUUUAUUUUGCUUAUCUCUAUGAGAAGUAGCAUAUAGAUGCAAUUGGUCCAAUGACUCCUUUCCGUGGAAUAAUUUGUGAGAGCAUUAGGAUGCAAUGUUAGACUUUGGAAGGCAUUUGCUGUUUUGUUUUUCUGAAAUUAAUUUUUGUCAAAUGCAAUCUCAAGACACUCUUCUUGUUA